AUGAAUUAUUUAGUGCUGAUUUUAUCUCAUUUCUAUGCACAAAAUAACUCAUUGCUUAAUGACAGAUUCAAUCCCUAUGAUCGCGCUCCAUUCCGAGUACUCAAAGAGGGAGAAGAUUCAAUAGGAUACGCUCGAGCUGCUCUCACAUACUACCAAUCCUACACUGAAUUUUCUUCUAUCUGUCAUGCAGGGGAGAACUCAACGACAAUAUCUCUGCGACCUGGGACUGUAAUAUUCCUGGAUAAUCACAGAGUUUUGCAUUCAAGAACAAGUUUUAAGGUUUGUUUUAAGUGAAU